AUGAAAUUAGGAUAUAAUGAAAUAAUGAUAGUGUCAAAAUAUUUUAAUGAUAUUAAAGAUUUUAUUAAUUUAGAAAUUGGAGUUAAAAGAUUUCAAGGAAAUAUGGAACGAUUUCAUUUUAAUCCAAUUCCUUUAGAUAAAUAUUCAAAAAAAUUAUUUCAUAAUAUUGAAAUAUUUCAUAUUUAUAAUAAAAAAGAUAAGAUAUAUAAUAAUAGAAGAAUAAUUAAAAAAGUGAUAUGGUAUAAAGUAAGUUAUUCAACAUAUUUACAAGAGAAAGAACAAGGAAAUGAAUGUAAAAAGAUAGAAUAUACAGAAGAAGAUAGAAAAUCAUAUGGGAAUACAAUACCAUCAGAAGUUAAAUCACUUGGAGAUUAUUGUUUUGGAUAUUAUAAUGAAUUAACAACAAUUGAUAUACCAACAACAAUUAAUAAAUUAGAAGGUGAAUGUUUUAUUGGAUGUACAUCAUUAAAAUCAAUUAAUAUACCAACAACAAUUACUAAAAUAAGAUAUGAUUGUUUUUUAGGAUGUCAAUCAUUAACAUCUAUGAAUAUGGAUAAUCUACAAUUUGUAAGUGAAGAAAGAAUAUUUAUGAAUGAACCAGUGUUAAUUAGUAUUGAAACACCAAAUAAUCUACAAAUAAUCAAUGGAAAGAAUAUUUUCAAGAAAGAUAUUAAUGAAUUUAUUAUUCCCUCUUCAAUUAAUAAAUUAGGAUAUCGUUGUUUUAAUGGAUGUUUAUCAUUAACAACAAUUAAUAUACCAACAACAAUUAAUGAAAUAGCAUAUAAAUGUUUUAAUGGAUGUUCAUCAUUAAAAACAAUUAAUAUACCAACAUCUGUUAGUAAAUUAGGAAAUGAUUGUUUUAGUUUUUGUUCAUCAUUAACAACAAUUAAUAUACCAACAACAAUUACAUCAUUUGGAAAUGGAUGUUUUUACAGAUGUAGAUGUGAAAAAGAAUUAAAGAAAAAUGAAAGAAUACCAAUAGAUUGUUUUAAAUGA